GGGAUAUAGACACCGCAACAAGUCAGGCUGUAAGCACCUCACUGAACAUCUCUUACCCAGCUCAGAAGCUGCAUCAGAACCUCCUUCCAGACAUGAUCCUUUUUGACCAGGACUCAAGUCUGUCUGCACUUCCUGAGGAUAGAUCAUCCUCUGCAAUAUCCAUAUUCAUCAUCAACAGCAUGGAAGAGAGAAACCAAACAGCUGUUUCAGAAUUCCUUCUCCUGGGACUGAUAGAGGAUCCAGAACUGCAGCCCGUCCUCUUCAGCCUGUUCCUGUCCAUGUACCUGGUCACCAUCCUGGGGAACCUGCUCAUCCUCCUGGCUGUCAUCUCUGACUCCCACCUCCACACCCCCAUGUACUUCUUCCUCUCCAAUCUCUCCUUUUCAGACAUUUGUUUAAGCACAACCAUGAUCCCAAAGAUGCUGGUGAACAUCCAAGCUCAGAAUCGGAGCAUCACGUACACAGGCUGCCUCACCCAGAUCUGCUUUGUUUUGGUUUUUGCUGGCUUGGAAAAUUGUCUCCUUGCAGCAAUGGCCUAUGACCGCUAUGUGGCCAUUGGUCACCCCCUUAGAUACACAGUCAUCAUGAACCCCCGCCUCUGUGGCCUGCUAAUUCUUCUCUCUCUGUUGACUAGCGUUGUGAAUGCCCUUCUUCUCAGCCUGAUGGUGUUGAGGCUGUCCUUCUGCACAGACCUGGAAAUCCCGCUCUUCUUCUGUGAACUGGCUCAGGUCAUCCAACUCGCCUGUUCAGACACCCUCAUCAAUAACAUCCUGAUAUAUUUUGCAGCUUGCAUAUUUGGUGGUGUUCCUCUGUCUGGAAUCAUUUUCUCUUACACUCAGAUCGCCUCCUCUGUUUUGAGAAUGCCAUCAGCAAGUGGAAAGCACAAAGAAUUUUCCACCUGUGGGUCUCACCUCUCCAUUGUGCUCUUGUUCUAUGGGGCAGGUUUGGGGGUGUACAUUAGUUCUGCAGUUACUGACUCACCUAGGAAGACUGCAGUGGCUUCAGUGAUGUAUUCUGUGGUCCCUCAAAUGGUGAACCCCUUUAUCUAUAGUCUGAGGAAUAAGGACAUGAAGGGAACCUUGAGGAAGUUCAUAGGGAGGAUACCUUCUCUUCUGUGGUGUGCCAUUUGCUUUGGAUUCAAGUUUCUAGAGUAAGUCAAAGUGACAGGAUUCCUGGUGAGCUAGAAUGCCUGACUCUUUGUUUAUUUUUUUUUUUCCUCUGAGAUGGAGUCUUGCUCUGUCUCCCAGGCUGGAGUGCAAUGGCACGACCUUGGCUCACUGCAACUUCCACCUCCAGGUUCCAGCCAUUCUCCUGCCUCAGCCUCCCAUGUAGCGGGGAUUACAGGCGCCUGCCACCAUGCCUGGCUAAUUUUUGUAUUUUUAGUAGAGAUGGAGUUUCACCAAGUUGGCCAGGCUGGUCUCGAACUCCUGACGUCAGGUGAUCCACCCGCCUUGGCCCAACAAAGUGCUGGGAUUACAGGCAUGAGCCACCGCGCCCAGCCUGCCUGACUCUUUCAUCACCAAGUUCUUCUAAAACGUCUAGAUGACAUAAAAGCUAACUACAUUUCCACUCGGGCUUGAAAUCUGACUUUGCUUUUUUUGUCUGGAUCUGUGAUGAUGGACAUGUAAUUUUAAUUCUCUAGACUCAAUUUCUUUGCUCAGGCCAUAGACUCAGAGGCUGAGCCCAAGUUAUUUAUUUAUUUAUUUAGAGACGGAGUCUCGCUCCGUCGGCCAGGCUGGAGGGCAGUGGUGUGAUCUCGGCUCACUGUAAUCUCCGCCUCCCAGGUUCAAGCGAUUCUCCCACCUCAGCCUACUGAGUAGCUGGGACUACAGGUGCACGACACGACACUCGGCUAAUUUUUGUAUUUUUAGUAGAGAUGAGGUUUCACCAUGCUGGCCAGGGUGGUCUCGAUCUCCUGACCUUGUGAUCCAAUUGCCUCAGCCUCCCAAAGUUCUGGGAUUACUGGGAUUACAGGCGUGAGCCACUGCUCCUGGCUAAGUGAUUUUUUUUUUUUUAAUGGAUUAGUCUCAGAAGAAGAAAAGUUGUGGAAGGUAGAUAGUUCAGGAUAGGUCAGGAAAAUGUGUUUUUGGUUUUUUGUUUAGUUUUUUUUUUUUUUCUAAGACAGAGUCAUGCUCUGUCCCCCAGGCUGGAGUGCAAUAGCAUGAUCUCGGCUCACUGCAACCUCCGCCUUCCGGGUUCAAGUGAUUCUCCUGCCUCAAGCUCCCAAAUAGCUGGGUAGUUUUGUUUUUUGUUUGUUUAUUUUCAUAGACAGGGUUUUGCUUUGUCACCUAGGCUGGAAUGCAACGGCACAAUCAUAGCUCCCUGCAGCCUCAAACUCCAGGACUCCAGCGCUCAAACUCCAGGGACCCUCCUACCUCAGCCUCCUAGGAAGCUAGGACUCCAGGCAUGCACCACCACGUCCAGUGUGGGGUGUGAUGUAGAGAUGGACUCUGGCUAUGUUGCCCAGGUUGGUCUCAAAACCUAGGUUCAAGUGAUCCUCCUGCCAUGGCCUCCCAAAGAUCUGAGAUUAGAGGUGAAGUCACUGUGCCCUGCCAGGAAAAGGAUUUAAGUGAGGUUGUUGUUAUAUCUGGAGACAAGCUUCCACCUUAUUGCAUAUUUAGGGUCACGUCAGUUGCACCCCAGUGUAGACCUAUAGUGGGUCAAGGGAGCAAAGUUUUCAUACCCGAUUUAGUAACUAGUGGGACCAGUCACUGGUAAACUGUAUUCUCCCUAGACAACAUUAGCAUCUAUUAUACUCAGUUUUAUCAUCAAAAAAUUAGCAUAAUUAGAUUAUCUUAGUGAUUUGAGAUUAUUGUGAGAUAUUUGAACUUCAUAAGUGAGGACACCUUAGGUUCCAAUUUAAAAAAUAGGAGCCCUGGGCCAGGCACAGUGGCUCACACCUGUAAUCCCAGCACUUUGGGAGGCUGAGGCAGGUGGAUCACGAGCUCAGGAGAUCGAGACCAUCCUGGCUAACAUGGUGAAACCCCAUCUCUACUAAAAA